AUGAAGGGACCCUGCGUCAUCGCGUGGCUGUUCUCGAGCCUGGGGUGGUGGAGACUCGCCCAGCCAGAGACAGACGCAUCUCUGUGCCAGAGAGCAGAGCACCCAGUCAUUUCCUAUAAAGAAAUUGGCCCCUGGUUGCAGGAGUUCAGAGCGAAGAAUGCUGUGGAUUUCUCGCAGUUAACAUUUGAUCCAGGACAGAAAGAACUUGUUGUAGGAGCAAGAAACUACCUCUUCAGGUUACAGCUGGAGGAUUUGUCUCUGAUCCAGGCUGUGGAGUGGGAGUGUGACGAAGCAACCAAGAAGGCCUGUUACAGCAAAGGCAAGUCCCAGGAGGAAUGUCAGAACUAUAUUCGGGUACUGUUGGUGGGUGGGGACCGGCUGUUCACGUGUGGGACCAACGCUUUCACACCUGUCUGCACCAACCGCACGUUGAGUAACCUGACGGAGAUCCAUGAUCAGAUCAGCGGCAUGGCUCGCUGCCCCUACAGCCCCCAGCACAACUCCACAGCCCUGCUCACUGCCGGAGGGGAGCUGUACGCCGCCACGGCCAUGGAUUUCCCGGGGCGCGAUCCUGCCAUUUACCGAAGCCUGGGCAUCUUGCCCCCGCUCCGCACCGCACAAUACAACUCCAAGUGGCUCAACGAACCAAACUUCGUGUCCUCUUACGACAUCGGAAAUUUCACCUACUUCUUCUUCCGAGAAAAUGCCGUGGAGCACGACUGUGGGAAGACCGUGUUCUCCCGAGCUGCCCGGGUGUGUAAGAACGACAUCGGGGGCCGCUUCCUGCUGGAGGACACGUGGACCACGUUCAUGAAGGCCCGCCUCAACUGCUCCCGCCCGGGCGAGGUCCCUUUCUACUACCACGAGCUCCAGGGCACCUUCUUCCUGCCUGAGCUGGACCUGAUCUAUGGCAUCUUCACCACCAACGUGAACAGCAUCGCUGCCUCGGCCGUGUGCAUCUUCAACCUCAGCGCCAUCUCCCAGGCCUUUAACGGGCCCUUCAAGUACCAGGAGAACUCUAGGUCCGCCUGGCUGCCGUAUCCCAACCCCAACCCCAACUUCCAGUGCGGCACCGUGGACCAGGGCCUGUACGUGAACCUCACGGAGAGGAACCUGCAGGACGCGCAGAAGUUCAUCCUGAUGCAUGAGGUGGUGCAGCCGGUGAGCCCCGUGCCCGCCUUCAUGGAGGACAGCAGCCGCUUCUCCCACGUGGCCGUGGACGUGGUGCAGGCCCGGGACGCUCUCGUCCACAUCAUCUACCUGGCCACAGAUUACGGCACCAUUAAGAAGGUGCGGGCGCCCCUGACCCAGACCUCGGGUGGAUGUGUGCUGGAAGAGAUGGAACUCUUCCCCGAGAGGCGGCCCGAGCCCGUCAGGAGUCUGCGGAUCCUCCACAGCCAGAGCGUCCUGUUUGUGGGCCUGCGGGAGCACGUGGCCAAGAUCCCACUGAAGAGGUGCCAGUUCUACCGCUCACACAGUGCCUGCAUCGGGGCCCAGGACCCGUACUGUGGCUGGGACGUGGUGAUGAAGAAAUGCACAACCCUGGAGGAGAGCCUGAGUAUGACGCAGUGGGAGCAGAGCGUCGCCACCUGUCCUACAAGGAAUCUCACCGUGGACGGGCACUUCGGCGCGUGGUCACCGUGGACACCCUGCACGCACACGGACGGCAGCGCCGUGGGAUCCUGCCUCUGUCGCACCCGCUCCUGCGACAGCCCGGCCCCCCAGUGUGGCGGCUGGCAGUGCCAGGGCCCCCGCAUGGAGAUCGCAAACUGCUCCAGGAACGGAGGCUGGACCCCCUGGACCUCGUGGUCCCCCUGCAGCACCACGUGUGGCAUCGGCUUCCAGGUGCGCCAGCGGUCCUGCAGCAACCCCACCCCGCGGCACGGGGGCCGGGUGUGCGUGGGGCAGAACCGCGAGGAGAGAUACUGCAACGAACACCUGCUGUGCCCGCCACACGUGUUCUGGACAGGAUGGGGGCCCUGGGAACGGUGCACCGCCCAGUGUGGGGGUGGCAUUCAAGCUCGCCGCAGAACCUGCGAGAAUGGUCCUGACUGUGCAGGCUGUAACGUGGAGUACCAGCCUUGUAACACCAACCCGUGCCCUGAGCUGAAAAAGACCACGCCCUGGACUCCCUGGACACCCGUCAACAUCUCUGACAAUGGGGGUCACUACGAGCAGCGAUUUCGGUACACGUGCAAAGCCCGUCUGCCUGAUCCAAACUUGCUGGAGGUGGGAAGACAGAGAAUUGAGAUGCGAUACUGCUCUAGUGAUGGAACCAGUGGCUGCUCCACUGACGGCCUGUCCGGCGAUUUUCUGCGGGCGGGGAGAUACUCCGCCCACACCGUCAACGGGGCGUGGUCGGCCUGGACAUCGUGGUCGCAGUGCAGCCGAGACUGCAGCCGGGGCAUCCGGAACCGGAAGCGGGUCUGCAACAACCCGGAGCCCAAGUUCGGGGGCAUGCCUUGCCUGGGCCCGUCCCUGGAAUACCAGGAAUGCAACAUCUUGCCCUGCCCAGUGGACGGCAUGUGGUCUUGCUGGUCCUCCUGGUCCACGUGCUCGGCGACGUGCGGAGGCGGACACUAUAUGAGGACCCGCUCGUGCACAAACCCAGCCCCCGCCUACGGAGGUGACAUCUGCCUGGGACUGCACACGGAGGAGGCGCUCUGCAACACACAGCCCUGCCCGGAGAGCUGGUCGGAGUGGUCAGACUGGUCUGAGUGUGACGUGGCUGGAGUCCAGACCCGGGUCCGCCAGUGCAUCCUUCUCUUCCCCGUGGGCAGCCAGUGUUCGGGAAACACCACGGAGAGCCGGCCCUGCGUUUUUGAUUCCAACUUCAUUCCAGAAGUGUCUGUGGCCAGAUCCAGCAGCAUAGAAGAGAAAAGGUGUGGGGAGUUCAACCUGUUCCACAUGAUUGCCGUGGGGCUCAGCAGCUCCAUCCUGGGCUGCCUUCUCACGCUGCUCGUCUACACCUACUGCCAGCGGUACCAGCAACAAUCCCACGACGCCACCGUCAUCCAUCCCGUCGCGCCCGCCCCUCUCAACACCAGCAUAACCAACCACAUUAACAAACUGGACAAGUACGACUCGGUGGAGGCCAUCAAGGCAUUUAACAAAAACAACUUGAUCCUAGAGGAAAGAAACAAAUACUUCAACCCACAUCUCACUGGGAAGACCUAUUCUAACGCCUACUUUACAGAUCUCAAUAACUAUGAUGAGUACUAA